AUGAUUUUCUCAUUUGUAUUAAAACAGUGUGCCGUCAGUGCACAUCUGAGCGAACUGCUCAGCAUCCAGCAGUGUGCUGGUGUUUAUCUCAGACUGGCAGUGUAGUAGUGCAAUAGAGCUGCUGUAUGCAGAGCUGAUGUGAAUGGCGUCCUGUGGGAGCUGCGCUAAUGAGGGAAGAGCUCUCAGCUCCUGCCCAGGUCAGCUAAUGUCUGCUCUUAUAGAGCAUAAUGACCAUGGAGAGACUCUUAUCUCUGCCUCUUUGCCCGUUUCUCUCUCGUCAUCCUCCAUCUUCUGCAGAGUCCCGCAAUGAAACGAAUUUCCUCCAAGUCAAUAACACGUUAUCUGCAAUCGCCCCACCGCACAAUGUAAAAUAAGAAGACGCAUGUAUGAUCCGUCAAUAACAUGUUUGUUUUUCCAUUAAUGAAACGCAAGGAGAUCUGAAUCUAAUUAACAGGGUUUAGGAGGAGUUCCUAAUUAACUUUAAUGAUACAAUAUAAAUCACAGACAGCCUUCCAGAUAUUUUCAUCUGUUAUCAAUGCCAUCGAUUCCCAGCAGGCAUCUCUUUGCCGAACCGGCCUGCACUUGUGUGGAGGUGGCAACUUGAGCCGCAUUGAUCUGGACCAUCAAUCACGGGUGGCAGACUCUUUUAGUGGAGACUACGCCUCUCUCUCUCUCUCUCUCUCUCUGCCUCUCUCUCGCUCUCCCUCAUCCACUGAUGACUUUAAUGGCUCCAUUGAAGGACACACGCAGAGCAAGGAGUGUCAGGGGUGUACAGAAGGAUGUUUUCCAGGGGAAGUGAGGACAUCCACUACAGCUUCCCGUGGCUGAUGUAACCCCCCUGAGGACCCUCGUGGAGGACAUUUCUGUGUGGAGUACCGGACUGGUGGUGGAGAAUAAAAGUGGCAUAAUUGUCGACUCCAUCGAUUUCCCCCCCCCAAGAAGGGUCCAGUGGCACCCCGCCCUGCCCCGCAGAUGGUGCUCAGCCUGGCCAUGGACUCCAGAGAGGAUGGGGACAGCUGGAUGGAGGAACAGUGGGAGAAAUGGUUAACCCAUGAUAUCAGUCUGAAUGAAUACGAGGAUGACGACCUGUCAGAAGUGACAGAAAUCACGGAUGAGAACGGAAUCACUCUCAGCCAGCUCGACCUCAAUCCUAAAGAUCACAUGACUCAGCCGACCAAUGGCACGCCGAGGAGCGGCCGGAGAAGGGGGGUGGUGGAGCUGCAGACGGAGAUGCUCCACUUGGACCUGAUUGAUGCAGAAGAGGAGGAAGAGGAGAACGAGAGGCGGCCAGUUGAUGCCGUCGAUGACAACCACAAGGAAGAGCAGGGCGCAGGGCCGCCUGUCACUCAGCCUCAGCUAACGGAUUUCAUCCCUGCCGUCGCCAUGGAUACAUACCGGCCCAAGAGACCCACCACCCUGAAUCUUUUCCCCCAAGUGCCAAGGACUCAGGACACAAUAAAUAACAAUUCCUUUGGUGAGAAAGAACGGAGGAAAGAAAAGAAAACCCAUUCUUCAUCACCACACAUUAAGGGAGAUCCGGCGGCCAAACCUGAGCAGGUUAGCCUGACCGAUGGGGACAAAGUUCAGGCCAGGGUGGACACCAAACCACGGGGCCCUGCCUCCUCCACGAACAAAGCCUCCGCCUUUCACACCAAGAAGAAGGACAAGUUUUCUGAGUCUUUGAACAACCCCAAUGUGGUGGCGCCCCUCACGCAGACGGUCAUGAGGGAAAAAUCCACGGAAGUGACCCUGAUAGAGGGUGUCCUUGACAUGCCGACCAUUUGCAAGGAAAAAGCCCGGUAUCACACCGCCAGCAGCUAUCGGGAACAAGUGCAGUAUCCUGCGGAGAAUGAAGGUACGUGUGACCAGUUGGUCGACAAAAACAAGGACUUUCACAUUUCGGAAGGAAAUGCAACAGAGGAGAUCCACCUCACGCCAGUCAACGGUGAACAAGAGCGACCAUUUCUGUCCCAGAGCAGCGACAGCAACCGCAUGUCCAUUAGUUCGGACACGGAGCUUCCUCCCCUUCACUACUACCCAUCGGCGGGUUGUCCGAACCCCUCCAUUAGCGAGGAGGAUGAGGUGUACCCACCCACGCCCCCAUGCCGAACUGUCAGCCUCAGUGACGCGGGGGACGCAAGUAAGUGGGCUAAAACCCACAAGCCUAAAGUGGCGAAGGAGGACACAGGGAACUUAAAGGCGGUGGCGGUCAGCACGGAUGCUUCAGGACUGACGUAUGACUCAGUUAAGUACACCCUGGUGGUGGAUGAGCAUGCUAAGCUCGAGCUAGUGAGUAUUAAGGACUGCUACAAAGGAUACGAAAGUGACAGUGACAAUACAGUCUACGAGUCUGCUAUCGACGAGGACGAGGAGGAUCAGGAAGUGGAUGAAGAGGAGGAAGAGUCGGGAGGGAGGGGCAUGAGGAGAGACACUUCCUGUUUGUCUGCAGACUCCACCACAGACACCACCUCAGACAUGCCGCGUUCCCGCAAGUUCAUGAACAUCUUUGUGAAUGGACUGUCACGUUUCUCUGGUGCUGAGUUUGGAUUCUUCUCCUGUGUUAUUAAUGGAGAGGAAAGAGAACAGAGCCACAGAGCAGUGUUCAGGUUUAUACCUCGCCAUGAUGAUGAGUUGGAGAUGGAGGCGGAUGACCCCUUAUUGGUUGAGGUGCAGGCCGAGGAUCUUUGGUGCGAGGCCUACAACAUGCGCACUGGAUCCAGAGGCAUCUUCCCUGCAUUUUAUGCCGUCAAGGUGACAAAGGAUGAACUUGUUAAAGAGGUCAAAACUGACUGGAUGGACAAAUUCUGGGUAAAAUUCCUUGGUUCUGUUCAAGUGCCGUAUCACAAAGGGAAUGAUGUGCUUUGUGCCGCCAUGCACAAGAUAGCAUCAAACAGACGAACAACAAUGCAGUUCAGCCCCCCUUCACCUUGCAUUCUGGAAAUCAACACAAGAGGAGUGAAAAUCAUUGUUCAAGAUGACUGUCGGACUUCUGGAAGGGGUGAGAAGUGCUUUCACUUUUUUCAGUUGAAAAACAUCUCCUUCUGUGGGUGCCAUCCGAAAAACAAGAAGUACUUUGGAGUAAUAACGAAACAUCCAGCAUACCAGAGAUUUGCCUGUCAUGUGUUCUUCUCAGAUGAUACAACCACGAAACUGGCUGAAUCUAUAGGGAAAGCUUUUCAGCAGUUCUACAAAGAACAUAUGGAAUAUUCCUGUCCGACAGAAGACAUCUUCCUCGAAUGACCUUCAGUCUGUUCAUAUUUUUCCAUUAUCACAUACUAUAUGAGGUGUCGCAUGAUGGUGGUUUUGAGCCUCUUUGUAACGUGUUAUGUUGAUGAUAUAAUGUUGAUGUCUAUUUUAGACAAAUGUUAAAAUCGAAAACAGAUAUCAGCUACGGCGCAACUACUUUCACAUUGUGCAACUCGAGUAUUACUGACUGGUGUAAAGCCUUACGAAGUUUAAUAACAAAAAAAAUGUUUGAUGUGAAUUGUAAAAAUCAUUUGUGCGAAGUUUGGUUUUGAAUUCAUUCGAAGCACAAUGUUUGAUGGAUGAAACAACAUAAGAUAGAAAGGAGAUCUUAAAACAACUGUAUGUAAGUUUUUUACCUUGAAAUAUCAGUUUCAAAAUCUUCCA